CACUUCGCAAUCUCUGAGAUCAGAAAGUUACUCAAUUUCAGCUUGAACAUGGCCACGAAUCCUUUCUCUCCUCAUGGAUCCAAAGGACCUAUCAGGUCCAACGCAGCACUGCUAGCAAUCCUCGGAGUGGGCGGUGGUCUGAUGUUCUGGCUGCGCUCUUCUCGCGCAGAGAGGGCGAAUUAUGUUAGUCAAGCAGGUCUACAACACGCUACCGACACAAAACGGAAUGGGGGAUUAUGA